UUUUAGUUAUUGUUGAUAUACAAAACUGAGAGAUUGGAUUUUGGACGCUUGGAUAUUCAAAGGUACUGGAAAUCCAAGUGAAAAACUGAAGUCAAAUGUCAGUUAUAAUUUUACUGAUUGGAAAGGAAGCUUGAGAGGCCAUUUGCCUACUUGUCUUGGGUUCUUAAAUACUCAGUAAAUCUUGUUUGGAGGCCUAAUAGCAACUUGACUCCAAGGCCUGUUGCCUUACAAUUAUGGUUGAAGACAUAUUUCGGCAUUAACCUGUUAGAAAUUAAAUAAAAUAGCAUGCUUAAUGGAUUAAGCAUCUCAAUGCAUUUAAUUUUCUUUCCCAAUCCAAAACCAUUAGUAAAAAUCACAGAAUUAGAAAUUAAGUGUUUUGAAAAUGGUGGAAGCAUAAGUCCGUUAGUAUGCAAAAGAGGAUUAAACAGGUUCAAGGUUUAGAUAAGGAUAUAAAAUGUAGGAGCAGAAAUAUACCACGCUGCCCAUUGAGUUUGCUCUGUCAUUCAAUGAAAUCAUGGAGGAUCUGAUAAUCCUCAACUCUGCUUUCCUGCCUUUUAACUCCUCAAUUCCAUUGCUGAUUUAAAAAUCUGCUCAUCUCAUUUCUUUUAAAAUAUUGAUCGACCUUCUGUCCUUUUUCUCAAUUUUCUAUUCUUUCAAGUUGACCAUUUAUUGAAAGUGUGUUGAGCAAAAUAAAAAUAUAUCUUCUAUAUUCCGGGAAUACUGGCCUAAAUAAAAAUUACUGUGAGAUCCUUAGAGUGUAUAAUGCAAUAUUUGACAUCAAUUGCCCAAAAAGCUUAUUUUUAUCCACAAUUUACUAACAGUAAUGUAAUAGUGCGAUUGUAAGGAUAUGCAACUUUGGAGUUUUGAAAGAUCUUAAUCUUUGGUAUGUUGGGCCAUUAUGUCCUGAACUUAAUUUUUCCAUCAAUUAUUUAUUUCUCUGUUAAAUUUUAUAGGGAUGCAGCUGCUACAAGAGUGGAUAUUUACACUGUGCGGAAUGUAGAUUUGCGAGGAACGUUCAUGCUGUGUUUUCUGGACGAUGGAGCUGGGAUGGAUUGCAAUGAGGCUGCCAGUGUCAUCCAGUUUGGGAAAUCUGCCAAAAGGACUCCAGAAUCCACACAGAUUGGACAAUAUGGCAAUGGACUCAAGUCUGGCUCAAUGCGUAUUGGCAAAGACUUUAUUCUGUUUACGAAGAAAGAGGAGACUAUGACCUGUGUUUUUCUUUCAAGAACAUUUCAUGAAGAGGAGGGGAUUGAUGAGGUGAUAGUUCCACUUCCAACAUGGAAUUCUAAAACCAGAGAGCCCAUCACUGACAACCCUGAGAAAUUUGCCAUCGAAACAGAACUGAUCUACAAGUAUUCACCAUUCAAGUCCGAGUCGGAGGUCAUGGAGCAGUUUGAUAAAAUCAAAGAGGAUAAUG